AUGUUAAUUUUUCGCAAGACCUUCUACAUUGACAAAGAGUAUAAACCACUUUUAGAUAUGAAACAAAUUUUACUGUGGACUUCACCGGAUACGGAGCCCUUCAAAUUUAUAGAUAUUGGCCGGAAAGGAUUUAUAUCAAGGAACUGUACAUUUACUAAUUGCUACGUUACACCGGCCAGACACCACUUUGGUGAUCAUAGCAAAUUCCACGCAGUAGUUUUCGCUAUGACCGAAUUGAUAGCAUAUUCGAAUUCACAAUUGCCACCCCACAGAUCUCUUGAUCAGAAGUAUGUGAUGGCAAGUGCCGAAUCUUCACAUUAUUACGCAAUUUGUUCUGAUAGAUUUAAUGGUUACUUCAACUGGACAUGGACAUAUCGAUUAGAUUCUGACUGUAGAUUGGAGUACAUCGCUAUUCGAAAUAUAAACGGUGAUUUAAUUGGGCCAAACGAAAUUAUGCAUUGGCUGAAAGUGGAAGAAAUGACUCCUGUUAGUGAUGAGCUAAAGAAAGACUUACUGAGUAAAACCAAAGCAGUUGCCUGGUUUGCAUCAAAUUGUGUAUCUAGAAGUCAGCGUGAAUUAUUUGUUCAAGAUCUUCAAAUUGAACUAACUGCUUACAAUUAUACUAUUGACAUUUACGGUCUGUGUGGCAACUUGUCCUGUGCCAAAGGAAAUGAGGAGUGUUUCAACAUGAUCAAAACGGACUAUUAUUUUUAUUUGUCCUUUGAAAACUCCAUGAGCACGGACUAUGUUACUGAAAAGUUGUUACACGCACUUAAAAAUAAUGCUGUUCCAGUUGUAUAUGGUUACGCUAACUACACAAGGUAUGUUGUAGUUUAA